AUGCGUAACGUUGCUGAAUCCCCAGUACAACUGCCAUGGGAGUCAGAUGAGUGGGCCUGCAUUUUCGACCCUAAUCAUGAUUCCCUGGAUGCGCUUGUACCUCAGUUUGAGCCCAAGCUCAAAUCCAUUCUUGAAGCUGUUACCUUUUGCAGGUACUCCUUUGACAUCGACGACCUCCACCCGAUCGCGGUCAGCAAGCGUUGUUUGGGAGCCACUGGGAGUGAUUUUGCAAACAAGUUGAACCAAGCUUCACCCUUAACAGUUGCAGACAUUUGGCAUUUGCAUACAUGUUUGGAUAAUGGGGAUGCUUGGGACAAAGUGUUCAGUGGAGCUGCUCUUUUCUGCAUUUACGCAGGUGCAAGAUGGAGUGAUUUCAUUCACGGUAAUUGCAUCAGAGUUGAUGUGCUGGAAUCUUCCGGAAAAGUGGCCUACGUGGACAUGGAGGUGCAAAUCCAUAAGACCAUGCAAGCAACUGCAAACAAGUUCAAGUUUUUGGAUUUGGUUGCGUCUGGCAGUGGAAUUUUUGGAGAUGAUUGGGUGAGGAGUUGGAUAGAUGCACUCAAGAACAUUGGUGUUGAUCCUUUUUCGAAUGAGCCCGGCAAGACUUUGAUGCCAGCGCCAGCUGAAGAUGGUACAACUCUUCAACGGGCCUUGGAGAGCGAUGAGGCAAGUGUUUGGCUGAGACUGAUGCUGGCGGGGUUUGAAAUGGCCAUGGGGCACCAUGCACAUCCUUUUAGGAUGGCUGACACCUAUGCCAGGGACGCACAAGCAGGGACAAUCCGUUUGAUUGAUAAACUUUUGCUGGAAAUUAGGGCAGGAUAUUUUGAUCCUGACUCAACGAGGGCUGGGAGGUUCAACAAGAACUAUGCGCCAGACCCUUCAUUGGAUGUUGGUGCAGUCUCAUUUCUUGAGAGUGAUGUCGAGAGUGCUGCAUUGGACGCCCAAGUGGAUGAGGCGCUGGACAAUGCCUUGCAGAUAGUUGAAGAUGGACAGAUAGAAUUGGAAGAAGAGCAUUUUACAAGUUCUUCUUCCGACAGUGAUGCUGAGAGCGUUGAAUACAAUGCACCUACGCGGCCAGCCAGUACCUCAGCCACGACACCCUCUACGGUGCAGCCAAAGAAAAAGGCUAGACCCAGCAAGAAGAACAGGCAUCUGGACAGCCUCCCAAGUGCAGAAGAGGAGUUCACAUUUGAGAUGCCCAACACGCCUGAAGGCGCCCAGUUGGAAGAUAGUGUCACCGACUCAAGCGAUGCUGAACAACAGACUGCUGAAAAAUGUUUCACUGAAGAUCCAAGUGGUGCCACAACUCGAAAGGUUCUGUUUGAAAACAUCCUUUUCUUGGAGGUCUUCGCUGGAACUUCUUCACUAACAAUCGAGGUGCGCAAAACAAACUUGCGUGGAGUGGCUGUCGACAAAGGUACGGAGAGAGCGAAAGGGCCUAUCACAAUUUUGGACUUCACCAUGCCAGAAGACUUGCAGUUUCUGAUGGAUUUCAUUCGGCAGGAGGCUCUUAACCUCUGCCUGGUUCAUUUUGCACCACCGUGUGGCAUUGAACAACCGCAAACCAUAACACAGCAGAUUGCCCAGCGACGCACUACAGCAAUCAACUCGGUAGCUAUGGGCUUACUUCCCAGAGGUCAAAAGCUGAAACCUUUGGUCAGCGAGUUUGGUCAUUACGUACAAUUUGCUGUCAGGGUCAGUUCGGCCCUCUUUUAUGUCUUGAGCGUGGGCUUGAAGGUGUGGUGCAGCGCUUUCUUUGAUGACUUCCCAACAAUGGCAGCCGAUGCAGAAGCCGCUCAGACGGACAAGUGCGUUGGCUUCCUGUUUGACUUGCUUGGAGUGCAGUAUGCAAAGGAGGGCAAGAAAAACCAACCAUUCAGCAACGAGAUGAGAGCACUGGGCCUCAUCUUCGACCUGACUGGAUUUGACGAAGGUGUUGUCUUUAUAAAGCACACGCCUGAACGCAGGAGGCCGAGUCAUUCAAGGGCAGAGUGCAGUGGUUUGAAAGUUUCUUGUUUGGCCGGACGGCAAACCUUGCUUUUCACCGACUUGGAAAAAGAGCCUUGA